UUGACAAAUCUCAAAUGUUCCUCUGAAAUACACACCACGGCUUCGUUUUAUUCAAGAGCAGACCCCCAAGCGCUCAAAAGAGAGAGAAAUAAAGUUAAGUUUCUGCAAGUUGAAUUUUUACAGGAAAUUUGAUUUGUUAUUUUGUAGUUUUGUUCCCUGAAAUGGCGAGUAAUGGUAAUAGAGGAGAGGAAGAAACUAAAAUGGAGGAAUGUAAAGAGACGGCGGUGUAUAUGUGGGGUUAUUUACCGGGUGUUUCACCAGAGAAAUCGCCGAUAGUCUCUCCCGUUAAAGUACCGUUUCCGCCGUCGAUUGGCGGAGAUGAUUCUUGGAAGGAUGUCUGCGGAGGUGGCUGUGGAUUUGCGAUGGCCAUUUCAGGAUCUGGAAAGCUCAUAACAUGGGGUUCGACGGAUGAUGAAGGUCAAAGUUAUCUGACUUGUGGGAAGCAUGGGGAGAUUCCAGAGCCUUUUCCUCUUCCACAUGAAGCUUCAUUAGUGAAGGCUACUGCUGGCUGGGCCCAUUGUGUAUCUGUUACAGAGACAGGGGAAGUCUACACAUGGGGAUGGAAAGAGUGUGUUCCCUGUGUAAAAGUCAUUCGUGAUUCAGCAGCUGCAGGAAGCUUCCAAAAGGAUAAUAAUACAAAACAAAAUGCAAUGGUGAUGGAACAAGUGAGUUCAAGGUCUCAAGGAUCAAGUUUAACCAGUGGAACAGUUUCUCACUCUGACAACAGAAAGGCUGGAGAGGAAAUUAUAAAAAAGAGAAAAGUCUCAGCAGUUAAAGAAGAGUUUGAAAGUUCACCUUCUGGAGAUGAAUUUUUUACAGUUUCACCUUCUCUUGUAACUCUGGGUCCUGGAGUAAGGAUCAUCAAUGUUGCUGCUGGGGGGCGCCACACUUUAGCACUAUCAGUUUCAGAUAUGGGACAGGUUUGGGGUUGGGGCUAUGGAGGCGAAGGGCAGCUAGGGUUGGGAUCCCGGAUUAAAAUGGUGUCUUCUCCUCAUCUCAUACCUUGCAUUGAUACAUCUGCUUCUGGGAAAGACCGGUCCCUGAUAGCUCAUCAAGGAAGCAUGGAUCCAUCAGCACAAACUCCUAAAUUCCAUGGAAGUUAUGUAAAGGAAAUUGCUUGUGGAGGCCGGCAUAGUGCAGUAAUAACAGAUGCUGGAGCACUGUUUACAUUUGGAUGGGGACUCUAUGGGCAGUGUGGGCAAGGAAGUACGAAUGAUCUGUUGAGACCUACUUCUGUACCUUCUUUAUCGGGAACUCGAGUAGAAAGCAUUUCUGCUGGGCUAUGGCAUACCGUGUGCAUUACAACCGACGGCCAUGUGUAUUCCUUUGGCGGUAAUCAGUUUGGACAACUGGGAACUGGCACUGAUCAGGCUGAGACUCAACCAAGGCAAUUGGAUGCCGCGAGUUUGGAAGGUAAGCGUGGAAAAUUAGUAUCUUGUGGAGCUCGACAUAGUGCCAUUCUGACAGAUGAUGGCCAGGUAUACAGUUGGGGAUGGAACAAGUAUGGUCAGCUUGGUCUGGGGGAUUCAAUUGACCGUAACAUUCCAUCCCAAGUUCCUAUUGAUGGUUGUCAACCAAAAAAUAUCAAAUGUGGUUGGUGGCAUACCCUCCUGCUAGCUGACAUACCAAUUUGACUCCUGUUUGUAUGAACGGCUCGAGAAAGAGUUUGAUAGUUUUGUUUGACUGCCUCUCCUUAACUACUGUUUCUUUAACAAACUGUCCUCUUAUGAAAAUUGUAAAUACUUUGAUGUGUUAAUGUUACUUUUCCUUUUUUUUUUUAUUUAGAAACUUCAUAAAUAGUUCCUGACA